AAGCCAAAACAGAAGCUGGGGAGCCCUGGGAGAGUGGUGCCUGACAGCUGUUGACAGCAGGCAGUCAGCGAAUGUGGAAAGGAGGCUUGAAGCGUCCAGCACAGGGUCAGUAUCCACCCAGGUCCUGGCAGCGCUGGCUGACACUCCCCGUCCACGUCCAGGAGCUGAGCAGCUCUGUUCCGCUGGCUCUGUGCCCAGGAUGUCCUGCACCGAGUCCCCACAGCAGCCCCAGCCUACUGCAGCAGGAGCCACCACCAUUGCUUUGGGACCCACUGAUCAUCACCAAGGCUCUGCAGAGGGCGACCUGGAGUGCCUGGUGUGCCGAGAGCCCUACAACUAUGUCCGGUCACCCAAGCUACUAUGUUGCCAGCACAGCUUCUGUGCCGUCUGCCUGAAGCUCCUACUGUGUGUGCAAGAAGACACCUGGUCCAUCACCUGCCCACUGUGCCGGAAGGUCACUGCCGUCCCUGGGGGCCUCAUCUGCAGCCUGCGAGACCAGGAAGUGGUGAUGGGACGGUUGGUCUUGCCGUGCCUGGAGGUGCAGCUCUGUCCUCAGGGACUGGAGGGUUCUGCUACUUCAACAGCGCAGCACCCCAGUUUGGCAGGAGAGGAUGAGCAGGACAUGGUGACUGUGAACCAGGUGGCAGCCCGGCGCCUGGCCGUGCACCUGCUCCUGCUGGUCCUGCUCAUUGUCCUCAUCUUGCCCUUCAUCUAUCCAGGCGUCAUCCAGUGGGUGCUGGCCUUCAUUAUCAUUCUGGCCUUGCUGAUGUCCACCUUGUUCUGCUAUUACUCACACAACCAGGGCAGCUGCUGGCCCUGCUCCACGACUCACUUCUGCGGAGAACAGAAACACAGCCAGAUCGCUUCCAUUGCCUGAGAGCCCCAGGACCCUGUGGCCCAGCAGCCCCUGUGCUUCUUGGGGCCCUGACUUUCACAACCCACAGGGUAAGGGACAGUGAGCUCAUCCUGGCUCCUCUGAGACUCCAUGCCAGCUGGACUUGCAACCCACAGCCAGAAUGGCUGUGCUGGGUCAAGAACUCUGUGCUUGGGCAGUGGGCUGACACCUACCCUUGGUGUGGCACAGCCAGAUGUGAAGGGUGUGGGGAGGAGGUUCAAAUGACUUGAACUCUAUAGGGGGGCUUCUCAUUCCUCUUAAUGUGAUGCUCCUAGCUCUGUAUAUAACUUGAAAGUAUUGUAAUAUCGACCUUGCAGAACAUAUAGAACUCCUCUUUUGCAA